AUGCCACCAAGAUAUCCGCAACUCCCUCAAAACCUCACAACCACAACCCUGACCCAAGCCCUAACAGCCUACCUCCUCCCCUCAACCCAAACCCAACCCAACCUCCUCAACGACCUCUCAACCUGCCUCCCAACCUACCCCCCCAAAACCACCGUCCAGUUCUACCUCACCCACCGCCUAACCAGCCUCGCUCUGAACUGUCUCCUCUAUCCUUUCGAACGAUAUACAUCUUUCCUUGAGGACCGGGACUUCGAUUUGAGUCUUCUGAGCGAUGUAAGGGAUAUCUUUGGGUUGGGGAGGUAUGGGGAUAAGGACGGGAAGAGGUUGAGGGGGUUUUAUCCUGUGUGUUGGACUCGGGGCUGGGUUAAUGACAAGUGUGAUGGGGGGUAUCUUGUUGAAGUGUUACUUGCGGGGAUUAGGGGGGGUGGGGUGGAUUGUUUUUUGAGGGAGGGGGUUGGGUGGAGGGUUAGGGUUUUGGGGAGGGUUGCAGUUCAUGAUUGUGAGAGUGAGGGAGAUAAGAAGGAAGGUAGUAAGGAUGUGGAUGAGGGAGAGAUGGAGACUGACUGUCAAGUUGAAGACCAGAGUGGCGAAGCAGUUAAAGAGGGGGACAAGGGGGGUGAGGAAGGUGAGGGUGGGAGAAAGAAAGAGAAAAAGAAGGUUCACUGGGUGUCAAUUGAGAUGAAUAUCGGUGAUUUCGAGCAUCUGAUGUCACAGGCUUUGCUCAAUUUACUGAACAAUGUUGCCCAGGACGCUGUGGGUUCUGAGUUAGAUCGGGAUGUGCGUGGGCUCAUUGACAGUGCUAUGGAGUGGUUUGUGGGGUUUGAUUGA